GUCUGCUGCCUCUUCACUCACACGGGAGACGACAGAGGAACUCACUCAUGCAGCGAGAGGCAAACAACAAGAGGGACACGCAGCGAUCUGGGCCUCUAACCUUGAACCAGUAGAGGACUACCAUGCCUAAGAGCGAUACCUGGCCAGGUGGCGUUGGAUUGGAGACGAUGAGCGGUAUGGACUCUGCCGGCAGCUGUGACAGCGUCGUCAGUGCCAAUUCUGGCUUUAGCGAUGAUAGUCUGGAGCACCUGUCUGCUGAGGAGAAGGCCUGCCUCAUGUUUUUGGAGGAGACGAUUGAGUCUCUGGACACCGAGGAGGAUAGUGGACUGUCCAAUGAUGAGCCCGACCAGAUGCCCACUCCUGGUAAUCUCGCCAUCAAACUGGCUGACCUGUCAGCCUCCUUGAGCAAGAGCAAGCUGAACGAUUUACAGAAACAUCCCUCAAGAGAAAACAUCAAGGAGAACGCUGACACUAAACCCCUGCAGAGCUACCUGGUUCCUACACCUCUUGUUAUGGCAGGCAGCGCUCUCUCUUCUGUAUCCAGCACCAAACCAGGCAUUCCUCCAGAUUCAAACCUCUCCAGGCCUCAGAUCGCACCUUCAAGCAACAAAUCUCAUCAAAAACCCAACAAGAAACCUGUUGUUCACUUUGAGGUGAAUGUUGUGAUACCUCCUGCCACGAAACCCAAGGACAACUCAGUCAGGACAGCGGAGGGUCCUUUACCUCGAGGACCUUUGUCGUACGAUGCGCUUGUUUAUCUGCAAAGGAGUGCGUCCACGAAGAAGACCCCUCUAUGCCCCACAAUUGAUCACACUAUAGAAUCGGACCAGCGUCCUCCUGCCUUGAUUGAAGGACCAAACUUCAGAAACAUGCAGAGAUCUGACAAAUCCCACCCAGAGCCUUCCAGGCCGCACACAAGUCCUCCAGUUGUGCCCCCUAAACCCCAAAAGAUUCCUGCCAGCAUUGCUGCGAAAACACAGAAUGUAGCUUCGACAAUCACAAACACUUUGUACAGUAUCAAGCAUGCGAAAGAUCCUCAGGUGGUGAGACAGAAGGCUUUGCUGAAGCUCGGCCUCCUGAAAGAUGAACAACAAGAAUAUGAGACACUUGCUCCACUACCUCCCCCCAAACCUCACUCCUCUUUGGACCCAACACCCAGAAGAUCUACAAGAGGUUCAUCGAACGGUAAUCCACCAAGAAGCCCAUCCUUUUCUUAUUCUCAAGUGCCCAAGAACAAGCCUCUGCAUAGCAGCGCCAGUUUCCAUCACUACUCCAGAUCUGACCAUCAGUCUGCAGCUGUACCACAUCCUGUUCAGCCCAAAGGAUUAAAGACGGAUGCUCUGGGGGACCCAAGGAAAGGUGGGAACUGUCCUGAACGGGGACACAUCACAGGAGCGGGACCAGUGAAGACCACCUCUGCAGCUCAGCCUCAGAAACCCUCAAACUCUGUAGGAUAUUCUGUAAUGGUGGUGCCAGGGAUGGGAGCUGAUCGGAGAGAAGCACUCCGAAAACUUGGACUUCUUAAACAGUGAGAACAGGCGAACGGCAGGAGUGUGACUGCGUGGAUGCAGUGCUCAGAGUUCAGAGAACCAUCAGCUUACUGAGUGUUAGAGCAUUAAGAGGGAACUUGGCACUCAACACUUUUGGCAAAGUAACGCAUGAGGAUGAAGGAGAAGAAGUUAAAAGGGAAAACCAGGACUUUCAAUCUAGGUUGAACUUACUUACCUGAGGACAGUGUCUUUCCCAGCUAUUUUUAUUUGGUCUCAGGAGAAACAAACUACAAGCACAUACCUCUGCAACAGUCCCCUUUAAUUUAAUCAGGCUGCACCAAAGUACAGACAUUUAUAGAGAUCAGUUCCCUUAAUAUGAUUGUUUUUAAAAUCAAGAUCCAUGAAUUAUUCCCUUGGAAAACCGAGAAAAUCUCACAAUGUUAGAUAAAGUGAUGAAAAUAUUAGUUGAUCCUUUGUCCAAAUCCGUCCCAACAUUUAAUGGAUUCUUUCUUGUCACGUCAUUUCAUCAAGUUUCAUGGAAAUCUGUUUAUUAGAAUAAACAUAUUUCUGCUGGGGAAAUACCCCCAAACCAACCAAGCAACAUAAAUACCAAAUGGAUAAAAACAAGUAAAAAACAUAACGUCUUUGGCCAAGGUAAAAAAGUAGGCAGUUUAAACAUCAAUAUAAUCUUCACCCUCAUAUCUCCAAAUACCAUGCUGCUGAUGUUAGUAGUUUUCCAUACACCUCAGGUUUAUGGCUAUGAGAUUAUCUGUAUCUACUUCAGCUGUAGAAUAUUAUAUUGCAAUGAGCCUUGAUGUGCACAAACAUCCCACUUAGUGUAGAGACACUGACGCAAACUAUGGUUUUCUAUUCAUCUUGCUCCAUCCUCAGACUGUACAUUAAGAGAUUUUUUAUAUAAACUGUGGAUCACAGACGUGCCUUUAAGUGGAUCAUCGACAACUUGUCUUGUUGAGCAGAGCCUCAAAGAAGCAGAUGUGUGUUUGCAGUUCAAUAUUCUCGUAAAGCAAAACUUUGAAAAUGCUGUGGGGUGAUUUUUUCAUUGUUUUUUUUAAAACUACAGUAGCUAUAAGUAUUAAAUGAUUAUUAAGAUCUGAUGUAACAGUAGUUGACAGAUUUGUUUCUACUAUAAUUUCAAAGUGUAUCGGUGUAUUUAGAGAUAGUCACACAUAGUUUGACAAACUGUUCAUGUGACUCCCUUGAGAUGAAAAGGACAAUGUGGUUAUUUCUGAUAAAUUAUGUCACUUGUAACUAGUGCAACAACUUGUACACGUCACUGAUAUGAAACGGUUCAAUGGACAUCGAUGUGUUACGUUACCAACGUACUUAUCUAGUCUGUUGUUAUUCUGCCCCAACUGCUACAAUAAAUGAUCAGAGAAAAAUCUAAA